CGCGGGGACGACCAACCCUCCCACGGGGGGAAGAGACAGACUCGCGCUCCGGGGCUGGGCUGCGCCACAGCGUAGGGUAGCUACUUCCCCCAACAAACACGGACUAACGGACUAACGGACACGCUCGCUGAAAAGCCUUUCUGGACUGUCAGGAUAGAAGAACUUUGGACCAAGCAUGGGGACAGAAGAGAAGACAAACACUUGUGGGACUAUCUGUCUGAAAUACCUGCUCUUCACAUUCAACCUCAUCUUCUGGUUGGCAGGGGGCGCCGUGGCUGCAGUGGGCAUUUGGACCCUGGUGGAUAAGAGCGAGUACAUCAGCCUGCUGGCCUCCAGCGCAUACUCUGCGUCUGCGUACGUCCUCAUCUUGGCGGGGGUUGUCGUCGUGGCAACGGGGAUCCUUGGUUGUUGUGCCACCAUUAAGGAGCACAGGGGAUUUCUGAUAGUGUACUUUGUCCUGCUCCUGUUUAUCUUCCUGUUGGAGAUCACGGCGGGGGUGUUGGCGUACGUCUACUACCAAGAGUGUUUCCCUCUCUGCUAUCAGCUGAGUGAUGAGCUGAGAGUCAACCUGAAGGAGAAGAUGGUGAAUCAGUAUCAGCAGCCUGGUCAGGACCAUGUCACACAGGCAGUGGACAAACUACACCAGGACCUGAAGUGCUGUGGCAGUAACAACUUCACUGAUUGGAGGGAUGGGGAGUGGAACAAGGCUCUGGCUGGUGAUAGGGUGGUUCCCGACAGCUGUUGUAAGACCCCGUCAGAUCUCUGUGGACGCAGACACCACCCCUCCAACAUAUACAAUGUGGAGGGAGGCUGUAUCAGUAAACUGGAGGAGUUCAUCCUGCAGCACCUGCAGAUCCUGGGCGGGGUUGGCAUAGGCCUCGCCUUCAUCCAGCUGGUGGGGAUGAUAUUCACCUGCUGCCUGUACAGGAGCCUGAAGGAGGAGCCCUACUGAUCACACCUGUGCAGGACUCACCCCUUUUCUGGAGCAUUCUCUGUGUGUGUAUAUGUGUUGUGUAAAUACGAUGACAGAAGAUGAA